AGCAGCAGCCCCUCCGCCCGGCACCCGCGGCACCACAGAGUAGAAAUGUUCUUCUAAUGAACAAAACAACAAAUAAAUACGUAAAGAAUAAUUAACUGAACGUAGAAAACGUGUGAACAAUUAAGUUUUUUUUUUACCCUUUACAAGUCCAAAGAAGUUUAUUCCUGUUCUCGGUGGAUUUAUGUGAAUAUGAAGCCACGGAUUUUGCUGACAUUUUUGCUGACAUUUAUUUGUGUAUGUCAUGGCUUAGAGCUGGCUUUUCUGCUCCAGCCCAGCGAUGUGAUUGCUGUAAGAGAGAGACCACUUAUGCUACACUGCCGGGUGGAGGGUGAGGAACCCAUCACUGUGACAUGGCUUAAGAACGGGAGACCGGUCCCUACAGGAGUUGGCACACGAACCACAGUUAUGUCCAAUGGCACCCUGCUGAUUCAAAGCUUCCAGAAGAAAAGAGAUGGAGAUUCUACAGAUGCUGGAGAAUACCACUGUGCUGCCCAGAACCGCUACGGCAUGCUGGUCAGUCGUAAGGCCCGUGUUCAGCUGGCAUCUCUUCCUAAGUUUCACACUCAUCCAGAGUCCAUGAGCGUGGAUGAGGGAGGAGUGGCACGUUUUCAGUGCCAAGUAAACAGUAUUCCUGAAGCCAGCAUCACCUGGGAGAAAGAUCGUAUGGCCAUCAGCACAUCAAAUGAAAGGUACACACUUCUCCCUAUGGGCAUCCUGCAGAUUACUGGGGUGAAGAAGUCAGACGCUGGAGUUUUUCGCUGUGUUGCCACCAACAUUGCUAACAUUCGCUACAGUCACGAAGCCCUGCUCAACGUCACUGGUGGAGCUCCACGCAUCUACAAGGAACCAGUGAUCCUGUCUGGACCCCAGAACCUCACCAUCACUGUCCAUCAGACAGCCAUUUUGGAAUGUAUCGCUACAGGAAACCCCAGACCGAUUGUGUCUUGGAGCAGACAGGAUGGCAGAUCCAUAGGUGUGGAAGGAAUCCAGGUCCUGGGCACGGGUAACCUGAUGAUCUCUGACGUGUCCCUGCAGCACUCUGGAGUAUAUGUGUGUGCUGCCAACCGUCCUGGUACAAGGAUGAGACGAACAGCACUUGGCAGGCUUGUAGUUCAAGCUCCUCCUGAAUUUAUCCAGUGGCCACAGUCUGUGUCUAAACCAAUAGGGGGCAGUGCAGUUUUCACAUGUGUGGCUCAAGGAGUUCCUGAACCUCAUCUCAUCUGGCUAAAGAAUGGCAAGAUCCUCACACCUGGAGACAAUGUCAAACUCACCAACAACAACAGUACCCUGGCAGUGACUCGUAUCACGUCUGACGAUGAAGCCAUCUACCAGUGCAUAGCUGAGAACAGUGCUGGCACAAAUCAGGCAAGUGCUCGACUGGCUGUGUCUCUGGCCACAGAGCUGCCUGAGUCUCCUCAGGGCCUGAAGGCGACACCUCUGUCCAAGAACACUCUGCAGCUGUCAUGGACUCAGCCUUCGAUAGAGGUGACUGACAGCAUCAUCGGAUAUGUGCUGCACAUCCGCAAAACGGGCGAACCAGACAAUAAAGAACUUCAGGAGGCCGUGAGCAAGACAACCUUCCAGCAUGAUCUCACCAACCUGGAGCCUGCCACCACCUAUUCCGUCUACCUGAAGGCCUACUCUCCUGUGGGUGCGAGCCAGAAAUCUAGCACUGUGGUUGCUACUACACUAGGGGGCGUUCCUACUCCACCUGCAUUCUUCACUAAAGUGAUGAAUGCCACAUCUGUGCAAGUCCUUUGGGAGUUGCCGAACAAGCCGGGUAAAGUUGAGGGUUUCAGACUAUCCUUUCGCCGAGUCCCUCACGGAGAUUUUCAGGGCCCAGUUCAGAUGUCAUGCGACACUAAUGUCCACACCCUUGCACACCUCGAUCCUGGCGCCGUGUACGAAAUCAAACUGGUGGCCUACAAUGGCAACGGAGAGAGCGAUUGCUCCAAGCGAUUGGUGUCACUGGCAGAGGAUGGAACCACUGCUAAAGCCAGUUUAGGAGAGGAGAGCAGGUGCAACUGUAGGGAAACUGAGGGCUCACUAGCAGGAAUGGUUAUUGGAAUCCACAUUGGCAUGGCCUGCAUCAUCUUCUGUGUGCUGUUCCUGAUGUUUGGAUACCGCCGCAGUUUCCUCUGCAGAAAGUGGACUCAGGACAAAUGGUCUGUCCCCAAAGGUGAUGAUGGAGGACAUCACGCACACAACAAUGGCAUUUCUAAAAACGGGUCACCACAUAGCCAUGCCAUCGAACUUGUGCCUCAGGGUCAAAGCCAAGCUUUUCCUACGCAGUGCCAAGUUCUUAUAGAGCAGCACUCAUCUGCUUUGCCUGGCACAGAUGCGGGCACUGGCUAGCACUGGCUCAAAACUCACUCAGCCUCCCUGUGGUUCCUCUAUCCAGCCUGCCAACCAGAGCCCCCAAUAAUCCCUUUCAAAUUUACAUGUCGCAUUUGUUACAAAAAGAAAAAGACUGCUGCUAUAAUGAAUAAGGGCUUAACUGGUCCUGCCAUGGGCCUCAAAAUUACAAUAGUCCUGAAUAUUUAGUCUCAAUUAAUACAAGACAUUGCUAAUUCAUCUUUUAUGGAAUAAAGCUUUAAUGCUUGUAUUUUUGUGUUCAUAGUUCGUAGAGAACAGAAUAACAUAGUGAUAGCCUUCUCAAAUUGUGUACAUGACAUUACAAAGUUGGUGCGACACUGAAGCAAACCAAACACAAACUAUGUUUUAAUACCGGAGGACUUUCUGCUUAAACCAAAAUUUAUUUUAGCAAUGGUGUCCUCUGGUAAUAAGAUAUUUUUAUCUUGCACUAUACAAACUGAUGCCUCAUAAAAAUGUUGUCUCUAUAGAGCGUGCCAUAUAGGCUAGCCACAUUAUGACUAGCUAUAUCUUUUAGUAUUCCUACUAUUUUGAUCUUAAUUCAGUAAUACCAAGAAUAAUAAUAAUAUAUUGCCUGUGAUUAUAUAAGAAUUGCCUGCUAUACACCAUACCUGCCUUGAGGCAGACUGAGUUGGAGGAACCAUAAAGGCUGUCCCUUUGCUAUACCUUUCCCUUUUCCUAUUUCCAAUAUUAACCCACCAAAAAGCUGAAUACCUCCAAAGAUAGCUACCUCAGAAUGUCUGAGCCAUUGUUGCUCUUGUUAGCCUGCUGCUGUUUGAGCAAGCCUGCCUCAGCCAAAAAAAAAAAAAAUCUGGGCUCAUCAUAUUUCUUGGAGUAAGAAUGCUGACCUAGGACCCAUUUUGAAUUUGAAAACUGUGAUCCAGUCAGCAUUCUGACUCUUAAGAAGUUUGAUCUAUGGGCUGCCUCCAUUUCAUUUUCUGUGUGCCAAUGCCAGUGCCCAUGCCAGUGCCUGCUCCAGCACCCUCCAGUGCCCACCUGGUUACUGCCAUGAAGAGUGUGACCCUGGUUUGACUCUACAUUGCUGCUGCCUUUAACCCAAACUUAGCCUUAGUGGACCAAAGCGACUGAUUGUCUCACCACAUUUUAAAUGAGCACAAAGUAUAUCCGUGGUGGAACAGAAGACCAAACACGUUCAUGCAUUUUCUUUUGCCUUCAUGCUGCUGCACAGUGUUUAUAAAGUCACAUUGAAUUGCCUGAUUUAAAUUCAAAACUUGAAUGAAGGACUCCUGUCUCUCUGUACUAACCUCCAAAGAAAAAGACAAAGAGAUAAAGUAAACGCAGACAGGAUUCUCAUUCCAAAGUGCUUCAACUCAACAUAAGAUGUUUCAGCUGAAGAGUGCUUCAUGGAAAGUAAAGACCUUGCUCAUUACCUUUCGCCUAUUGGGAAAUGAUGUUUUGAUCUUCCUGUGGAGUAGCACUUCUUAAAGCUACAAAACCAAAAGCUCAUUUCAUCUAAACCCCAUUCUUCUGAAACAUGCUGCCUGGAGACUACAGGAUGUGCACCAAAGCUGACCUGACACUUAAUAGAUUGUUAUCCAAACCGAGCCAGAAGGUCGACUUUUUAGAUGCCAAAUCGGUAGCCAUGGGAUUGCAGAGGUGGCGAGGUAACGACUGACAUGGUUUUGAGCCAUAAGAGGAUGCAGGACCUUCAUAUGGUCUCCUCUUAGGACAAGUGGGCACGACACCAGAUUCCAAAAAAGCUUUCAAUAUGAAAAAACAUGCUUUAUGAUAUUAUACCCAAAGAUGUAAAAAUGAAAAUGGCUUUUGUUUUGUUUUGUUCAUCCAACCUUGUUUGAGAGAUACACGUACACCAUUGUGUUCCUGUUAUGAAAGUAAGUCAUCAUGAAAGUGCUUUAAUUGAAGCAAACCAAAAGCUUCAUACCAUUACUUUUGCCUUUAUGAGGAUGUGUGAAUACGCCUUGCUUGACAGUCUGUCAGUCGUCAGUGACAUCCUCAUUCAGACUUCCUUGACUGACACGGAACUGUCACCAUUUUUAAUAUACAUUUUAAAGAAUAACCAAAAUGAAAAUGGGAUAUAUUUUCAAGGAGAUUUUUCUAUGUUGAUAUCGGGGAAAAUGUUGUGUCUUCAUUUUAUGAUAGAAGUGAAAUCGCCAAAUAUGUAGACUAACGUACGUAACCAAAUAACUUGUACUUAUUUUAACAUUCAUAGUCUUUAUCUUUUAUAACACAAACUUAACCAAAGCACAGAAUCAUGCAUGCAUGUGGCGUGUAUGUACAAAUGUGUUCUCUGUGAUUGGAUAACAGUUGGGUAAACCUUGAGCCAGUAAUUCCAAUAUUGAAGGGGAAUUCUAUGUUUUUACUCUACUGUACAAUAUAAAUGGAACCAAAGAACUUGACUUUUUUAUCAUAAACUAUCUAGAAAAUGACUGAUAUUUUUUGCAAAGCUUUACAUAUUGGCUAACACUUAGUAGUCCAUUUCAUAGGGUUAGAUAUGUUUUUGAUCUGACCUACCCUUUCACUGGUUGAAAGAGGACCAUCUGCUCUCCUAAAGGUGCCUUACUGUGCUGAAGGUUUACCUACACAACCAUGAUGACUGUUACAAGGUUUAUUCAUGAUUACUGCAGCUUAAACACUCCGCUUUACUCCUUCCCAUGUUUCUGAAGAAGCAAACAUGAUACCAAAAUUUGUCUAACAAUGGAGAUUGUUUAAAUUUUGUCUGUAGAGCAAGAUUUCUCCAGUGGUAGACU